CCAAUCAGGUUGCACACCAGCUGUAAAGAAAGUAUUUUCCUGUUUCCAGGAGUGAAUAUCAGUCUUGUUUAUUGAAGUGGAAGGCAGGAGUGUGGGCUUGUGUCUUGGAGCAGCAGAAAUAGAGAAGAGAAGAUUCUUGACAUAGGAGUGAAACUGAAUUAACAAUGGAGCCAUCAGAAGAAUUUGUGUUCAAACAUAAAGGAUUUAAUUUCCAACCAGACCUUGUUACACCUGAAUACAUAGAUUCACUGGAGGAUUUUGAAAUCAGAGACAGUGAUGUAUUUAUUGUUACUUAUCCAAAAUCAGGGACUGUGUGGACUCAGAAUAUUUUGAGCUUGAUUUAUCAUGAAGGCCAUCGAGAUGGAACAGAAAAUAUGGAAAUAAUAGACAGAGUCCCAUGGCUGGAGUAUAACAUACAUAAUAUGGAUUAUGUCCAUCGUCUAUCACCUCGUUUCUUUGCUAGUCACCUGCCUUACUAUUUAGUUCCAAGAGAUCUGAGGAACAGGAGAGCAAAAGUUAUUUAUGUAGCCAGAAACCCGAAGGAUGUUGCGGUUUCCUAUUUUCAUUUUUCCAAGCUUUCAGUCAAACUUGAGACAAUACCAGAUUUUAAUAUUUUUCUGGAGAGGUUUUUAGCUGGGAGAGUACUGGCUGGCUCCUGGUUGGAUCAUGUUAGAGGCUGGACCACCCACAGGGAUGACUUCAAUAUUCUCUUCCUUACCUUUGAGGAGAUGAAGAAGGAUCUCAGAGGUGCGGUGCUGAAAAUCUGCAAAUUCUUAGGAAAGCAGCUAAAUGAAAAGGAGCUGGACACUGUUGUGGAAAAUGCUACAUUUGAUAAAAUGAAAACUGAUCCCAGAGCAAACUAUGAUUCCAUGCAAAGCAAUCUCCUGGAACGAGGCAAAGGCCAUUUUCUUCGGAAAGGUUACCAUGAACGAUAUCACUCUCCUGAGGAUAACACAGUGAGAUAAAGAACGGAUGUUGCUUGAAUGUCAGCAAACACCGGGACCAUACGCUGCCAGGCUUUGUCAUGCAAUGAUACCAGAUUACUUGCUACUAGCAUGGCAUGGUCAAGUGUCCUACCAUGGAGGAUGGAGAUGGACUAAGGCUGCACUGCCCAGAAACCUUGUGGAAAGGCUUUUGGAGUACCUCCAGGAGAGCUUCAUGGAGAUGUCCCUGGAGGAUUUCCACUUCAUCCCCAGACACGUUAACAGACUUUUCCAGUAGCUGUACUGGCCGCGAAUGCC